AUGAAGAAAGCAGCGAAGGAACUGAAGGAGAAAGUGAACAUCACGGUGCGACGUGCGGACAAGACAGCACCCUUCGUCUUGAUUCAUACUGCCGAAUAUCACAAGAAUCUGGAUGCUAUUUUGUCUGACGAGAGCAAGUUCGAGCGCCUGACGAGGAACCUGAGAGAUGACAUCAAGAGGGAGGCUAACGGAGUCAUCAGCGCAGUGAAUGCUGCGACAAACCCUGUGCACCUCCCUCCCAUACAAGGAGACUACAGCCUGGGUUAUUUAUAUGGUAAUUACAGCCUGCAGUCUUUGGCAGAAUUCUUAGAAGCCAUCAAGGACACCCCUGGCACUGAGAUUAUCGCCUCGCUGGACGUGGAGUCCCUAUUUACGAAUGUACCUGUCGACGAAACCAUAGAUAUAAUCCUUGAUCGUGUCAACAGGAAUCAGUCGACAGCGCCCCUCAACAUACCCAAAGCCUCACUUCGUACACUGCUGGAGAUCUGCACAAAGAAUGCCCCUUUCUCCACCCACCAUGGCCAGAUGUUCCGCCAGAAGGACGUCAUGGCGAUGGGCUCCCCACUGGGGGUCCUCUUCGCUAACUCUUAUAUGGGCACCAUGGAGGAACGGGUCUUCACCAGGAUGCAGCAACCCCACAGAUAUGGACGUUAUAUUGACGACAUCUUUGUGCAAGUCGAUGGCGAGGAUGAGGUAGAAGCCCUCCGUCAAGCAUUUCAGCAGUGCAGUGAACUGAAGUACAGUUGA